AUGUUCAAAGUGAUGAAAUAUGAGUUUGGGUUACUUAGCAAUUUAAGUAGGAGACGGUUGUUUUAUCUGGGUUCAGUACGUCAUAUUUCGUUUAAAUUACCUAGCAUUGGAAAAGCGUUAACAGAGGCAAAGAGAAUUGAUGAGAAAUAUGAAUCUUUAGGUAAUAGUCCAACUAAGGUCAAGGUUGAGCAAGUAAUAAAAGCAGUGGACGGUGUACCCGAGCUACUAUACCAAUUGAAUUUUUUCUUUUAUGAAUGUAAAAGGAUUGGUAUUUUACAUGAUAAUGCAGAGAACCGGAGACGUUGUAUACGGUAUUGGCCUGUUUUCAUUUUCAAACUAAUACCUUUGAAUAAUGCAUUUUGGGAUAUUUGUUAUUCAAUGGAGAAAGCCGACCAUCGUCAUCGCAUAAAUCCUUUUAAAAUCGCUGAUAUUGGCCUACUAGAUCCCAAGAACUUCCCACAAGAUUUUGUACAACAGUUGGCUACUGGGUUUUAUAAUGGAGUUGAUUUUCGGGACGCAAUCGCAUUUGCAAUAUCGGGCCCAAAAUUUGAUAGUAUGGUGAAAAAACCAUAA